AUGGUCGGAUCCUCCGAAAUCUCAGAGGAGAGAUAUUGGUCUUACUUCGAAAUGUUCGUUGGUUGUCCUGCGGGUUGGGAAGAAUAUGCAAUGAAUUGUUACGGAUUCUUUAAAGAUAAAAAAGACUGGAACACGGCAAAGAUGUAUUGUGAAUCCGUGGAUGCACGUCUCGUGGCAAUAGACAACGAAGAAGAAAACAAUUGGAUUUUUGAUCGAAUGAAAUACCAUAAAGAUGAAGUUAACGAUUGGUGGACUGAAGGGUCAGAUGAAGGGUCAGAGGGCACAUGGUACUGGCACCAUUCUAACAGUAGAAUGAUUUACACGGACUGGAAUUUAUAUCUCGGUGAACCAAACGGAAAGCAGAGAGCAAACUGUUUAUUGCUGAGAUUAGAACUCAAGUGGAUCGAUUGUCCUUGUUCGUACGAGUCAAAGUUUAUCUGUGAAAAAUGA